GAAUCAACUGCUGACCUCCACAAGGGAUAAUGUGUCGUAGGAACAAUGCACAGUUAUCCUCGGCCAGGAGGAGGGGAUGUUGUGAAUUUCUACCCUGGACUGACAGUGAUGGAUUUUAUGAAUUUGUGUUACAGGAUAUUACAAGUGGACUUUCAGGUGGGAAACUCAAUAAUUGUAACACCAAACUCUGACAGAAUUACUCAAUUCAUCAGGACCUGGAUAUUCGCAUUGUGUAUUUCCACAAUUUUACUUCUGCGCUAUUCUUAAUCUUUCAGAGGGAUCGAAAGGUUGAGUUACAGAUCUAUACAAUGCCUUUCCUUCCUCCCUGGCUCUCCCACCUCUCUCUUUCGGAUGUUUUGUGCAAACACUGAAUGGAUCCCUUACCUGGAGGAUAUUUAUGUAUGAGUUUGUUCUAAUGAUAAUCCAGCAUAUUCCCCAAGUGUCGGCUCUGCAAAUGUCCAGAGGGUUUCUCUCAGUUUCACAACCUAUGAGUGUUCUUCUGGUUUCACACUCGCUGCAUUUACUUUCUGUUUGAAAGGUUGGUUUGCAGUUGGAAAAUUCAAACAGUUCCACAUCCAGAUCUGACAGUCUCUUUGUUUAUCACAACCCAAUUAUCUCAGGAUUUUGAACAUUGAAGGAAAAAGCAGCAUUCACAUUGGGGAGAAACGCACAUGGUCUGUGUGUGGAAGAGUCUGUGAAGAUUCAUCUGAAAUGUCCAAACACCAGCGCGGUGACACUGGGGAGAGACUGUGGAAAUGUGCAGAUUGCGGGAAGGGAUUUCUUUACCCAUCCCAGCUAGAAACUCACCAACAGAAUCACAUUGGGGCGAAGCCAUUCACCUGCUCUGAUUGUGGGAAGGGAUUCACUUCACCAUCCAGGCUACUGAUACACCAGCGAAUUCACACUGGAGAGAGACCAUUGACCUGUUCUGUGUGUGGAAAAGGCUUUGCUGACUUGAACUCCCCACUGAUACAUCAGCGAGUUAACUCGGGGGAGAGACCAUUCAUCUGCUUCCAGUGUGGGAAGGGAUUCACUUGCUCAUCUAACCCACCGAGACACCAGAGCAUUCACACUGGGGAGAAACCAUUCACCUGCUCUAAAUGUGGGAAAGCAUUCACUCGGUCAUCCUACCUGCUGGAACACCAGCAGGUUCACGUUGGGGAGAGACCAUUCACGAGCUCUGAAUGUGGGAAAGCAUUCACUCAGUCAUCCAAACUGUUAACACACCAGUGAGCUCACAAAAAACCACAGUUGAAAGAUUUUGCUGUCACUCAGUAUCAAAUGAACCAUGAUUUUGGGCUGUUUGUAUUAAUGUUACUAAUCCCUGCUCAAUUGAAGGUGCUGGUGUUGUGGAUAAAAUAUUAAUAACAGUUGUGUAUCUGUAAGGUGGAGCUUGGAAAUAGUCAUGUUGUCACCAUACAUCAACACAUUCACGCUGACUAAAGACUAUCCACCUGCACAGUAUGUGAAAAGGGAUUUCCUGGUUCAUCAGGACUGGUUAACUACCAGCAAAUUUCUGAGUAAGUGUUAAUUGAGUUUUAAUUCUGCUGUUAGCUAUAUCCAAACCAUGUUUUUUCGGCUUGUUUCUGGCGAUCAUAGAAUCCCUCCAAUGUGAAAGCAGACCAUUUGGCCCAUCACGAAGAGUGUCCUACCCAGUCUCAGUAACACUGCAUUUAACAUGGCUAAUCCACAUAGUCUGCACAUACCCGGGCACUAUGGGCAAUUUAGCACAGCCAAUCCCCACGCUAACCUGCACGUCUUUAGACUGUGGCAGGAAUCCAGAGCACCUGGAGGAAACCUGCACAGACAGAGACUGUGUGAACUGCACACAGACUGCAGCCUGAGGCUAGAAUCAAAUGCAGAAAUGGAAACAGUAAACAUCCAUUCAGCCCUUUGACCUUGUUCCUCCUGUCAUCUACCUUCUCAAAUUAUCCCCAUUUCCCUCAUUUCUGAUGUACAAAAAUCUAACAGUGCCUGAUUUGGAAACACGAGAUGACCAAGAAACUACAGCUCCCUGGAAUAGAGAAUUCCACAGAUUUAUAGUGGUGCGAGUGAAGAAAUUGCUCUUCACCUCAAUCUGAAAUGGUCACACCCUUAUUCUGAGACAAUUACCCCAUGUCCUAGAUUUCCCAGCUGGAGGAAACAUUUACUCAGCAUUGUUCCGAUCAAGCAUCUUCAAAAAAAAAGAUAAUUCAAUUAGAUCACUUCUAUUUCUCUAUAUCCUACAGGUUGGUUGUCAGUUAGUUCAGUUGGCUGGACAGCUGAUUUAUGAUGUGGAGUAAUACCAACAGUGUGGGUUCAAUUCCUUCAUCAGCUGAGGUGACCAUGAAGGACUGUCCUUCUUGACUUCUUCCCUUGCCUGACUCUCAGGUUAGCCACCACUGUUUGUCUGUCUCGAAUGAGAAACAGCCUGGUUGUCCAGUAGCACUAUGGUGACUUUGAUUUUGUCCCACAGAAUAUAAGCCCUGUUUUCUCAAUUUCUUCUGCUCAGAAAUCCCCUCUUCCUAGGAACCAGUCUGGAGAACUUUUGUUCCACUCGCUCCAGAUCAUUCAUGUUAGUUCAGUCAUCAGAAACUGCUCACAGUCCUGAAGGGCAGACCUCUAUCCUGAAAACUGCUCACGGUCCUCCAGGGCAGAUCUCACCACAGGAACCUGCUCACAGUACUGCAGGGGAGUUCACUCUCGUUCUUCAAAGCCCUUUGUAAUAAAAGCUUACCUACCAUUCGCCAUUUGUUGCUGCAUCUUCUGUUACGUUCUGUCAUAUGUGUCCAAGGACACCUGGUCCCUCAUGUGACGUUUCCACACUCAACAUUCAUGAUUAAAAUGUCAGGGGCAAUAACUGUGUCACCCAUUCUGUCCGAGAGCAGGUACUGCCAAUGCUGUUCACAUUUUGCUGUCUCUGGGCCUGACUUCUGUUUCUUCUCUUAGCCCAUUUGUUUAUUAACUUCUCAUUAUAGACAAUGUUGCCUUGUACCAUCAUUGUGAUGGACUUUGUCAUUUCGUCACUCCAGCCUCCGAACUGCUUGCAAAAACAUUAUUCUUUCACACAAACAUGCUAGUUAGGAGCAAAGUCAGAAGUCAAACAAUACCAGAUUGUAGUCCAACAGGUUUAUUUGACGUCAGAAGCUUUCAGACUGCUGUUCCUUCAUCAGGUGACUCCACCUGCAGAAGGAGCAGCUCUCUGAAAGUUUGUGAUUUCAAAUAAACCUGUUGGACUAUAAUCUGGUGUCAUGUGACUUCUGACUUUGUCCACCCCAGUCCAGAUCGGCACUUCCAUAUCAAAUUUAGCGGUAGGAAUUGGCCAUUCGCCAUCAAGCCUGCACUCCACUCUCCUUUUCCGUGACACAGUCCUAGUUUAUAAACUAUUCAAUAUUAAUGUUGUCCAGUUCAGGUAAAAGGUUAGCAACACAUUUUUUCACUAAAUUUCUCUUCCAAAACUGUUUGUCUUGCUGAGCGUUUCCAACAUUUUCUGUUUUGAGACUGGAUUUCCAACAUCUGCAGAAUCUUGAAUUUUGGUUCACUGUGGAUCCGUCUGCGUAGACUGUCCCAAUUAGGAAUACACGGAGCUGUGAAAGAAUGAGACAUCAGUGACUGUCACCCCAUUCAACAAAAAAAGCUCACUGUCAGGUACUCAAUCUGUGUACUUUUAAUCUUCACAUCUGGACUCCAAUCCACAAAUUUUGCCUGCAAAAUAAAUUUGAUUUUCCUCUCUUGGGGGUAUGAAAGAUGCUAGUAUCUGACCUGUGCACAGAAAAAUGUGCUGAUCCCUGUGCUGGGGUCAGUAAAGAUGCUGAUCCCUGCCUUGGGGGCAAUAAAGAUGUUGAUCCCGCCCCUGGGAGAGUAAAGGUGCUGAUCCCUGUCCUGGGGAUGGUAAAGAUGCUGGGAGCAAUUGUACAAGAGUGCAAACUAGAUUCAAAAUCAGAAAGAAAAGUAAAAUACUGAGGAUGCUGCAGAUCAAAGUAAAACAGGAAAUGGUGUGGAAACUCCUCAGGUCUGGCAUCUGUGGAGACAAACACAGAAUUAAUGUUUCGAGUUCAAAGUCACUCAGAGUCAGCUGAACUCGAAAUGAUGAAUCUGCUUCUCAUUUCAGAGAGGAUGUUUUUGGUUCAGUAGGAUAGACUAAAACAAGGCUGAUUGUAAGAAUCUGAAAUGGAGGUGAAUCCUUUGUUGAGCAUGCUGAAUUGCUCACAUUGAGUGUGAAAAGCUCUAUAAUUGAGAAAAUUAUACACAGGUCUCUUGAGGCUGCAUGGUGGCACAGUGGUCAGCACUGCCGCGUCACAGCACCAGGGACCUGGGUUUGAUUCUAGCCUUGGGCGACUGUGUGGAUUUUGGACAUUCUCCCUGUGUCUAAGUGGGUUUCCUCUAGGUGCUCUGGUUUCCUCCCACAGUCCAAAAAUGUGCGAAUUAGGUAGACUGACUAUGCUAAAUUGCCCAUAGUGUCUUGUGUGCAAAAUGCAGGGAUAGGGUAGGGUGUGAGACUGGGUGGGAUGCUCUUUGGAGGGUUGGUGUGGACUGAAUGGCCAUCUUCCACACUGUCGGGAUUCUAUGAUGAUCUCGAUGGCCCUUUAUUUGUUAGUUAUGCCUAGUUAAUAUGUCUGCACACCUUUACAAUUACGGAUUCUAUUGCUCUCCACAGACAUGUUUCAACUUUUAAUAGAUAUUUGUGUAUUAGAAACAAUGUAGUUUCAUUUUGUGGAUAACAAUCAAAGGAAAGUCUUAAAUCCAAACAAAAGAUUGGGAUGAGUCAUGUACUAUAUCCCUGAUUGCAUUUUCCCAAUCUAUGAAACCUGGUGACCAUUGUGACUCUGUCCAGGGGGAAAUGCAGUCUCUUCAGAUCUUUACCUGGUGUCCAUAGCAGUGACGGAUCUCAUGAUGAAUACAUAAACCAAGACAUUGUAUGAUU